AUGGUCGCGACUUCGAUUAUUAGCCGGGGCUCGGAGACAUUUGAUGUCUUCACCCGGCGUUCGCAGCCAAAAAUCGAAAUCGACCUUGUUGGCCAGACACCUGGUCUUGUGAGCUCGUAUACGACUGGCGACCACAUUGAGGGGACUGUCACUAUUACCGUGGAGCAUGAAACUCGUUUUGAUGAAGUAGAAAUUGCCUUUCAAGGUUCAUCACGAACUACAGUCGAACGGGCCGCCUGCCCUGGUCGAACCGGCUCCCAGCACAUGUUUCUGAAACUUCGACAGCCUAUCGAAGAUACCGAAUAUCCAGCCCCACGAGUUUUUGAACCUGGUCGCAAAUAUACCUUCCCCUUCCAAUUCAUUAUCCCGGAACAAUUGCUGCCGCAAGUUUGCACCCACAGGCGCGUAAACAACGCCAUUCAUCGAUCGCACACCAUGGUGCCACCGACAUUGGGAGACCCAAUGCUCGCUGGAAAUGGAAAGACCUUGCUUGAUGAUAUGGCUCCUGACAUGAGUGUCAUCUCCUAUAUAAUCCGCGCGGGUGUGCUCAAGAGAGCAUCUGCAGACCAACGCCAGGUGAAGGCCUUGGCCAACUUUGCCAAAAAGGUUCGCAUCAUCCCAACGGUGGAGGAAGAGCCACCCAUCGAGGUCGCCGACCACCCUUACUACUGCACCCGGAAAGAGAAGAGUGUGAAGCGGGGGUUUUUACGAGGCAGGCUGGGCCGUAUGGUUGCUUCUUCCACACAGCCAAAGGCGAUUCGUCUUCUCCCCCACAGCUGUGAGACGCGCGACACUGUCAACACCGUCGCCACUAUUAAUUUGCGAUUUGACCCUGUGGGAAAUGAGCAACCACCUAAGCUGGGAUCAUUGACUAGUAAACUCAAAGCCAGCACGUUCUACAGUGCAAGCCCCUGGGAGGAUUAUCCCUUCCAAUCAGACAAUAUGCCAUUCUCACAGGUUGGGCAAGGUCUAUUCAGCGAGUCCAUUCCGCUUUCUACCAUGUGUGUCGGAUCUGCAAAGUGGCAGAAACAUUCAACAGCUGGCUACGAGCGUCGUGACUCGACAGUGUCCACUUGCUCCGAAUCCUCUACCGGGCCAUCUACCGAAUUUACUGGCGGCACAUACUAUACCGCGUCACUGGUUAUCCCAGUCAAUCUUCCAAAAUCGAAGACCUUCGUCCCGACUUUUCACUCAUGUCUCAUGUCCCGCACUUACUCCUUGGAUCUCUCCCUCUCCUAUCAUACCCCAGGUACAAACGUCCUCACCCCGACAAUCUCCCUCCGUAUCCCGAUUCAAAUUACAACCGAGUCCAAGAAUGGCGGCUCCAUCAAAUCUGAGCUGGGCGUGGUUGUGACUCAGGCGGAACUGGAUGAGUUCUUCUCUCCUCGUUCUGUGGCCCCAAAUAUGAAUGAAACCGUCAUUGACGUGAACUUGGCUCCUCCCGAGUAUUCGGACACAAUCGGCCCAAGAAGUGUUCGUGCGUGA